GCUUGGCUCAAGGUGAUGCAUUUUGGAGCAAACAGCGGAGAUGCACCAACGUAGCACGCACAUCUUGCUCCUAAAAGUCAGGUUUUCACAAAGAAGGAAUGCCUGGAAGUAUUAUCACGCAAGUAGCAUGUUUCCCGGUGGUUGUUAGGAAAACCCCAGCUUCCACUCGCGAUGGCAGACCCAGUAAUUUGGGAUUGAGCCGUAACCUUUCUCGCAGGCAUCCCGAGAGGCAGGUCAGGCUGUUUCGCAGCCGCCACGGGCUGCACGGGGGAUGCCACACGCCCCGAGAGGCAGGCAUGUUCCAGCAGGGCACAGCUGCAGGCUGCAGCCACGAGAAAAAGCCGGAUAAAAAGCCGAUUCAGCUCUCACGCUGCCGCGUUUGUUUGUUUUUUGUUUUUUCCACUGGGAUUUUUUUUUUUUUUUUGUCGUUUUCUCCGCCAUCAAACGCCGGGCCGCGAAUAGCGGCUGCCUCUUUAAGAAGCCUCUGUGUAGGUAGCAGGAGCAGGCUGCAAAAUGCAGGAGAAGCUUAGCUUUGCUGGAAGGCCGAGUGUAACCUAACCAGCUGGAGGAUAUGCAAUAGCUGAUUGACAGCAGGACUAGCAUUAUGCAAAUACCGCCGGAGAGCGCGGCGGCCGACCGGGGGCUCUCUGAGGGAGCUCCCUACACACGCCGCGCUUAUCUGGCUGGAGCUUUCCGCCUCGCCUCCCGCUCGGUGUAACAGUCAAUAAAUCGCCCCCCAAAAACAAUUGUUGCUUUUUUUUUUUUUUUUUCCCUCCCUUUUUUCGGCCGCCCGUUGCGUGCGAAAUCCCGAGUGCGGUUUCAGUUUGCGAUAUGUGCGAGAGAGCUAGGGAUAUGUGUCAGAGCUUGUUACUCUGGCUAAAUUAGGUAAUUUUUAGCUGGGUAACGUGCUAAUCUUUAAACCUUUAUGUCUUUAAAUCCUGCGUAUGUCUGGUCUCUUCAUACAAAAGUGUAUUUUGCUUGUUUCUUCUCGUCUUCUUCAGUCUGAAGCCUUAUGUAGGUCAGGCUUGGCUUAAGCAGAUUUCCUGAACCUGCGUCAGCUUAAGCUGAAGGAAUUUUAAUAAACCCUCCCUUGUAGGCGUGGGCCUAAAUGAGACUAGCCUAGUUAAGCCUGAUCUUUUUCUGUUUGUGAAAAAGAGCCGAGCAGAGCUAGGGACUGCAUGGUGGCUUCAGGAACGGCUUCCUUAAUUCCGAGCUAACAAUGGUCGGGAAGGCCAGAUCUUCUAAUUUCACCUUAUCUGAAAAGCUCGAUUUGCUAAAACUCGUGAAGCCGUACGUUAAAAUUCUCGAAGAACACACCAAUAAGCAUUCAGUCAUAGUGGAAAAAAACAAAUGCUGGGAUAUCAUAGCUGAUAACUACAAUGCCAUCGGAGUAGAUCGCCCUCCUCGUACCGCACAGGGCCUGCGCACGCUGUACAAGAGGCUCAAAGAAUAUGCCAAACAGGAGCUAUUGCAGCAAAAGGAGACGCACUCCGAUUGUAAAAGCAGCAUUUCCGAGCCAACCAAGAAAGUUGUGGAGAUGAUUCCACAGAUUUCCAAUGUGUGUUUAAGAGACAGGAGCGGUGUACAAAGUGCUAGUAUCGAUAAAGAAACAAUUGCUGGUACCAGUUCACCACAGGCAAUGUUGGAUCACCAUCCUGCGACAGUCAUGAUGGAGUUGCAGUCGGAAGAGGAUGUCAAACCUCCUCCUUCUUUGAUUAUAGACUCACAGCAAAGUGAGAGCUUAGAACAAGAGGAAGAACACCAGCUGGUGCAUAUUAUGGAGAGGUCUCCUUCAACAUCGGUGUCUUCGGUUGACAUGAGAGUUAUGAUGUCUCCUUCUCCUGUACCAAGAAGAGAUGAGUUUUUUAGGCUUGAGGUUGGAGAACGCUUUAGACCAAUGUGUGGGUCUGACCCACAGAUGCUGCAAAUGCUGAAAGAAGAGCACCAGAUAAUAUUAGAAAAUCAAAGAAAAAUUGGGCUUUAUGUCCAAGAAAAAAGGGAUGGUUUGAAAAGAAAGCAGCAGCUGGAGGAAGAACUGUUGCGAACAAAAAUCAAAGUAGAGAAGCUGAAGGCAAUACGAUUACGCCGUGAUCUGCCAGAAUACAGCAGUAUCUAAAUAUUUUAUUACUUCUGUCAUAUCCCUUGAAGUACUUAAUAAUAAAUACUUUUACCCUAGCAAAGUUGUUCCUUAUGUUAAUAUGGAUGGAUCAAAAUGUGGUCUUGAAAGAUGAGAGCAUAUUUUCCAUGUUGUUGUCUAUGUACCUUAAUAAAAAUACCUUGUAUGGGUUUGAGUGCACCACCUCUUCUGAACUAUAAUCAAAUCCUGUAGAUUUAAGUGGUUAGGAUGAUAAAAAUCCCAACUUCUUAAAUAUUUCCACUUCUCUCUGAUAGAAAUGUGAUGACCUAACAGCAAUUUAGCUCAAUUCUUUUUAAAAAUUUGAUCAUAUGCAUUAUUUCUUCGAAUAAUUACCUCUGCUUCAUAAUCUUAAUGAAGUUACAGGUUCGUAAAUACGCAUUAAAAGGAGGAGUAAGAGGCGAUGUUUAAAUAUGCUCUUCUUUUCAAGUUGGUGAAUCUUACGGCAGUGGUGAAAUUUUGCUGAUAUAUCAACUUGGAAAACAAAAUUACUGGAUUGUUAUAUUUUUUUAAUGUUCAGUAGGCAGUUGCGUAAAUGUACAUUUUUUAAAGAGUUAACACUUUUUAUUGUUUUCGGUGGAUGAGCGUUUCCAUAGGACGUUAUCAAAAUAGAGACAAGGAAUGCAAUACUUCAUCGUUAAAACUGCAUGUGUGUGUAAUUUGUGUGUACAGUUACCAUGAGCGUAUAUUCAGUUAGAGUAAUUAUACUGGUGCUCAACCACAGAAAUGUCUAAUUUGCUCAUUUGCAUGCAUAAUUACUACUGUGCAUGUGCAACCAAGACAGUUGCAGGUGCCUUUGAUUGAUAUCAAUAUGACUAUAAGCUACCAAAAUGAAAUAGUUGCUGUGUGUAAGUAAUGUGACUUGAAGUCAACAGAAGAUUCUUUGUUAUUCCGCGUACCUUUUAUAACUGCUGUUGUUCUGGUCUUUUGAUUAGUUUCAAAUAAAAAGC